GUGCGUGUUGUCAUCUUUUUUUUAUUCAAGCACCAGCAGACAACUUAUCCAUGCACCCUCGUUGAAUGGUUUGUACCAAUUGAUGAUAGACCUUGUUCAAAUACUGGUAUGUGGAUUGUGGAGCCACAAAUAGGCUUAGGGGGAGGGAGAAUUACUUCGGUGAUACAUGUAGACAGUAUCCUACACGGUACACAUCUAAUAGGUGUCUACGGAGACAACCACAUACCUCAAGAUUUUAAGUUCAUGGACACACUCGAUGCCUUUGCUGCUUAUUAUGUUAACAAAUUCAUUGAUCAUCAUGUGAAUGAAAUCGCCUUUUAA